AUGAAUCUCUUCAACGAGAGCGAGUUACGCCGCUUUGCUGACCUCAACCCAAGCGAGCCUUGCCUCGACAGGCUGGAUAAGCUGGACUUCAACGAGUUCAUCUACCGCUUGCAUUACGACCUGUCAUUUUAUAGGUUCAUGUGCUUUGUUGCGAGGGUCCCAACUGGUACUCCAGAAAUGGUCGCGUAUUGGCUCAUGAAGAAUUGGUCUACAGAGGCACGUGAGGGGAUCUAUGGUCCACCGAAAUUAAACUAG